CAGAGACCUCGCGACGUCCAGCGACAGUGACAGUGAACCGAGCCGAGCCAGACUGGUCAGAUCCAGAUUCAGAUCCAGCUAGCACUGCCAUGUCGUCGACCGUCGACGUCGAUCCGGCGCUGCUCAAGCAGCUCGAAGAGUUCCGCAUGGCCAAGCGCUCCUCAGGCAGCGCCGCAAUCAUCAUCAAGAUCGACAAGCGCAAGCUGCUGAUGAGCGUCGAGGAGUCAUACGAUGACACGACCCUCGAAGAGCUUGGAGAUGAGCUGCCAGAAAACUCUCCGAGAUUCAUCGUGCUCUCUUAUAAGCUCGAGCACAAAGAUGGACGUGUAUCCUUCCCGCUUGUCCUCGUAAAUUGGCAGCCAACCACCUCCCCCGUGGACCUCUCCACGCUGUACGCUUCCGCGCUGAGCAACUUUGCGGUACAGGCAGACGUCGGCAAGGUAGUAGACGUGCGUGACGGCGUUGAGGGUUUCACGAAGGAGUUCCUCGACGAGAGGCUGGGUGCUGCAUGACGCCACAUCAACGCUCGUACAGACCGCACGCGGCAGACGAACCCGGGGCCAUCUCCAUUACGUGGAAAGAUCAGGGAGUUUGGGGGCGUGCCCCUUGCUUGACUGCAGACUUCAUCAUAAUGAAGCACGUCAUGUCACACACGCAAAACUGUGUAGAGUACCCGCAAACGCAAGCACAAGAAAAAGCACGCAAGCACCCCCCGUCGAGACAACUAUUGUAAGAC